AUGCCAUCGCCCCAGCACGCUGUAUCAUUAGACAGCACCGUCACAGUUACCCGCAUUCCCAAGGACCUCCCUCUCACCGACCUCGAUGCUGUCGUGAUCGACGAAUGCGGACAGCACGACAUCCAACUUGACCCGUCCCAGCCAAACCUCGUUCCCGACGACGCCCAGUAUAACAACGGCAUUACGUCGGCCGCCCAAAAGGCCAAGGCCAUCCUCAACUACCACCCUGUCUUCGACGCGACGGGAAUAAACUUCAAACUGCCCGCCGCGUCCAGCCCACCACGGUCGCUCAUCGGAGCACAGCGUCUUCUCUACGACGAGCUCGUUGUCUGGGGCCGUGUCGAAUAUCUGGCACCCUACAUCAUCGAUGAGGCGGUCCCCACAAGCCCAUACUUCGCCUGGGAGGCGACCGUUCAGUUCAUGGAGUCCGCCGACGCCGAAAACUUUGAGCAACACUGCGAAUGGAUGUGUGGCUGGACAGUCCUCAUCAAAGCGACGUCGGCUCAUCCCUCGCCGCUCUCUUCAUCUGAGACUUCGUCCCCACGAUCAGUUACGCCUCUGACAGACACUGAAGGACCAUCCUUGCCCAUGGCCAGACUAGUUCGAGGUGGCAAACAUGUCUCUGUGAUAGUGUCCGACAUUGACGAGUGCACGCUGCCGUCAACACAACAAGAUGCCCGACAUUUGCCCUCUGGUGCGGUCGUCCGUCCACGUCUCGGCGGGCCCGUGCUUACAAACGAUCCGUGGUGA